AUGCGAAUCCUUGCGCUGGCAAGCGUACUGCCCCGCGCUGAGAACAUAAAGAGCAGUGCUACGCCCUUUUUUCACUUGUGCCUUUCAGAUGAACGACAGCCACUGACCGAAAAGAACAAAAUCGACCCGGGAAACUUGGGCAAUAGCGUCGAUCCUGUGUAUCAAUCCGUGAAUCCUUGCAAGCGGGUGGCCUUACAAAGCACGCGGCUUUGUAGGUCGGCUACAACUGUUGCAACUCCUCCAACUACAACCACCAAAAAAGGAGUUAAUAAGCCUGGAGGAAAAGAUAUCGUCCUGAUAGAUGGCGUUAGGACCCCAUUUGCUGUUAGCGGCACUCAUUUCAAGAACAUGAUGUUGUAUCAGCUGGCCCAAAGUGCUCUCCGUGGUCUCCUUCACCGGACAAAUAUCGAGAAGUCCUCCGUCGAGUAUAUCAGUUUCGGGACAGUCGUCCAGGAUGUCCAAACUGCAAAUGUAGCCCGGGAGGCAGCGUUGGCAGCUGGGUUUCCCGAAAACAUACCUGCACAUUCUGUUACGAUGGCCUGCAUAAGUUCCAACAGGGCUAUCACGUCUUGUAUAGGUGACAUCCUUGCUGGUACAUGUGAAACGGCGAUUGCUGGUGGUGCCGAUUUCAUGUCAGAUGCCCCCAUCAAACUCAGCAGGACAAUGAGGUCUGUGAUGCUUUCUUUCGGAAAAGCGAAAACCUUACAACAACGUCUUGUUCUGGGAAGCAAAUUACUCAGUUUGAAAGCUUGGACACCUGAACUUCCAGCUGUCGCCGAAUUCUCUACGCAGGAGUCUAUGGGACAUUCUGCAGACAGACUGGCUGCUGCUUUUCGCGUUUCUCGGCAGGAACAAGAUGACUACGCAAUGAGGACCCAUCGACUGGCUCGAAAGGCGGCUGACGAGGGCCUUUUGUCCGACAUUGUUCCGGUGAAAGUUCCUGGUUCAGCUACUUAUAUCGAGCAGGAUAAUGGAAUUCGUCCCUCCACUCCAGAUGUGAUGGCCAAGUUGAAACCUGCUUUUGUCAAACCCCAUGGAACGAUUACAGCAGGGAAUGCCAGCUUCUUGACUGAUGGUGCCUCUGCUUGUCUGAUUACCACUAGUGAACGAGCCAAAGCAAUGGGUUGGACCCCAAAGGCAUACCUUCGUGAUCAUGUCUAUAUAAGUCAGGAUCCGAAGGACCAACUGCUGCUUGGACCAGCUUAUGCAAUUACGCGGUUGCUGGACCGAAACGGCCUCACACUGAAAGAUAUCGACGUGUACGAAAUCCACGAAGCAUUUGCCGGGCAAGUUCUAGCCAAUCUGAAGGCUCUGGACUCUGAAUAUUUCUGCAAAAACUACCUGGGUCGAUCCACGCCAGUCGGUACUUUGCCUAUGGACAAACUGAAUUUAUGGGGUGGCAGUCUAAGUAUUGGACAUCCAUUUGGUGCCACUGGGGUGCGUUUGGUCACGACGGCGGCUAACCGUCUCCGUGCUGAAGGUGGACGCUUGGCUUUGGUAGCUGCCUGUGCAGCUGGAGGGUACGUAGCUCGGGUACGUCGCUUGGUUGUUGGUCUGUUCGCCGAGCUCGGCAGUUGGAUUGCAAACGUUUCACCACCAAUCGAGGUGACAUCGUUGGGAAGGUUGGAUGCAUUGAAGGAGACUAAAGUGAUCUACGGACUUAAGUGUAACGAUUGCGACAAACACUGUUGGCCAGACGGGAAGAAAACGUGCCUCCAGAAUACACGAGCACAAGCUUGCCAGCAGAAGACAUGA